CUCACUUUGCACCUUUUCAAAAGCUUUUUAGCAAGCCAUGUCACCAUACGAAGGUGACUCCGAUGUGGUGGAGAGCCCCACGUCAAAAGCCUGUCGUGGUUGCUUUUCGGUGACAGCCGUGACCAACUCCAUUUUGUCAAAGGUGCCACAUGCGCGACUUUUGGCAACUCGUGACUUUCACUUCCGUCGUGACUUCCGUGAUUUCUGGCGACGUGACCAUCCAAUCGAGGCCAGUUUUAGUAGUUUUUGUGAAGUCAUGGUAGGCUGCCGACAGCCAGAGCAGUCUCAACAGAUGUGCUUAGAAGAGCUCUCCUUUGAUGGGCUACAAGGUUUACUUUCAGAUUCGAAUGAGGAUUCGGUGAAUGGACCUGUGAUGACGACAGGAUUGACAGUCUGUAUGCAACCCUAUUUGGAAGAUUUGCUGGUUCGACGGCAGGGUUUUCGUGGUUUUGUUGAAAUCCUAGCCAGUGUUGCAGAUGCUGAUGAGAAUCUCCCACAGAUUCUUUCAGAAGUAACUGCCAAAGAUCUCUUCAUUGCCUUGUUGCUGGUGAAUCCAAAUCGUUUAAAGCGAGUCCGCUUGGCCACAGACUACAUGACGCUAAAGGCGCCUUUGCCUUUGGUCUUUCGUCAUCCCGAAUGGGCCAAGGAGGCUAAGGACAUGGCGGGGAGUAGUGUUUCCAGUGUUUCCAAGGCGAAAGCACAAGCAGAAUUUGAUUUGCUGCAAGACAUCGCCUGUGUUCCCAGAGAAGGUCGUACUUUGAUACUGAGUUUGGGCACAGAACAUGUGACCGGCUGUGGUAAGACGACAUUGUUGGGUGCCAUGGGUCUAGCAACACCUGAAGAUUUAGAUGUGAGACCUUCAGGUCCAAUGCACAACUUGUCAUGCGAUUUGUUUUGUGCCGAUCCAGAUCUCUGGUUGUUGGAUGUCCAUGGAUCUAUGGAUGAUGACGACCUGCGGAAUGCCGUGCUUGCUUUCAAUCUCUGGGGUUCUGCCGUGGCACUGGUUCACUGCGCCACCAGUGACUUUCAUUCCACAGGACUGCCGCGAAAAGAACUGGUCGGACUCCUGAACGACUUGGGAAGUCACUUGACCGGAAGACAGUUGAGGGGAAGUGGUGUCAUCAUUUUGAUCCGAGAUUCAAGUGAAGAAAGUUUCGCCGCCAAGCGUCCGGCGAUUGAAAGUGGCCUCAGUCAGUGGGCUGCCCUUGUUUUCGCCGUGGAGGACUGCCGGAACUUCCGGUCAGCAGCACGUCGUGCAACUGCCAUGGACAAGCUCCGAGUGCGACUGGAAGAUUCCUGGAAGACCUUUCGAAAAGACAGCAGUUGUGGCACCAGCUGUUUGGAAGACCUGCGGAAGAUCCAUCAGCUCAUCUCCGAGGGUCAGCUGCGCAAGGAAGCACCAGCAACCCCCAAGGCGUCGGUGGGAACGUCGGCAUCGUCGUUGGGCAAAAAACUGAUCCAACUGCUGGACCGAGCCUUGAAAACACCAUCGCUCUACGAAACGCUCUUUCCAUUGAGUGCCAUCAAGAGGCGGCUACGAUCUCUGUGUCAUGACAGCGGCGCCGCUCCCAAAGCGGGCACUUCCAAGGCCGAGCAGCUUCGCUUGGAAGAAGAACUGGUCAAGACACGUGCGGCCAAGAUGAAAAAACUCAAUGAAGACUUUCAGGAAGCCUCCAAGUCUGAAGCCUUGGAAUUUUUCCAGUCGUGCCUUUCCUCCGAGAACUUCCAGGCUUUGUCCGCUCUGUCGGAGAUCGGUCACUAUUUGGACGCCUGGAAAUCGCCUCUGUCGAAGCCAUUGCUGACGCGGCAGCGUGAACUGAUAGACAUCUUGGCUGUGGCAUCAGAGACGGCACAGGAGGAGACUAAGGCGCAAGGUGAGCUGAAUGAAGUCAUGAACCAAUUGGCUGAACUGGACUUCAGUGCUGACACCUUCUGGACGGAAUUGGAACUUUUAGCCACACGAGAAUCACAGAAAAGCAAGGAUGCCAUGGAUCCAAAAUUUGGACGAGCAGCUGCUUGUUGGGCAUCGUUGUUAGUCUCGGGACAUCCGUUUCAAGUGUUGCAUAGUCGUCCUCUGCAGAUGGCUGGUGGUUUCUUGCGAAGCGUUCUGGCAUCCAUUGGUGCACCAUCGGUCAAUCUCUCAGGGAUUUAUGUGGUCUCAGUGAUUGGUGCCCAAUCUUCCGCCAAAUCGACCCUGUUGAACUUUCUCUUCGGCAGUGGUUUCGCGGUCUCCUCCGGUCGUUGUACCCGUGGAUUGUACGCCUCCUACUUCUCCUCAGGGCCGAAGGGUCGGCCAGUUCUGGUGUUGGAUUCCGAAGGCUUGCUAUCACUUGGAUCAGAAGGCAGCACAUUUGAUGGGCAAAUUGCAAUGAUGUGCAUGACUUGCAGCCAUCUGGUGUUGGUGAACAACAAGGGAGAACUUUCUCGACAGCUUCAGGACCUUCUGGAGAUUUGUCUCUUUGCCAUGAAGCACCUGCGGCUCAGUCGCAUUCAGCCACGGCUGGUCUUCGUGCUGAGGGAUCAACAUGACAGAUCUCGUAGCGUUCAUGAAGAUAUGCUGAAGCAGAUGAAGAACAACCUGGAAGAUGCAGCAAAAACACUGGGAUCUCCCCUUCAAGAUUUGAUUUUGUUGGAUGGCACCGCAGUCUUUCUGCUUCCAUCUGCCAUGAGCUCAGAACUGAGACAAGGUAAGGAAGUGUGUUGGACCAGUGAAUUGUUUGCAAAGGAGGUGCUGAAACUCCGCUCAGAUGUCUUUCGCUGGCUGGAAGAAGAUUGUCGCCAUCGAGAAACACGUGGCCCAGUACCGGAGUUCUCAUCCCUUGUGAGUUGGUUUGACUAUGCGACCACCGUGUGGGAAACAUUGGAUCAGUUUGGUCAACAGUUGCUCCACUGCCGUACCAUCCAUGAAAUCGAGCAGCGCCGAGAGCUUGCAGAUGUUGCCAAGAAUGCGGUGAGAGAAGCCUUGGAUGGAGCUGGCUCAGCUGAUGCAGGUCAUGCAGGUUUUCACGAGAGAGCCAGGCAACUGGUGGAUAGCUUUGUCAACCGAAUCCAUAACCCAACUCGCUUUGAUUUGGAAACCACGGAUCUGGAACUUAGUCGAGCUUUGGCAUAUUUACGAGAUGAAUUUGUUGCAAGAUUGGAAGAGCUGUUCCAACAGAAAGCAUCAAGUCCUCGAUUUAGCACAACCGCUAAAGAGCAGGCAAGACAACAGAUUCGAACUCCCAUUGAAUGGGCCUUUGAGAACCAUUUGUACACAUGGAAACUGCAUUUGAAGAAGGCUUCCGAUGAACGUGCCAUGCACGAGCUUUGGAUUCAUUUCACUGGGGUUCUGAAUCGUCAUCUCGAGACUUCUGGUCAUCGAUCAUGUUUGUCAGAAGAAGAGUCACGGGAGCUUUUCGAUAGCGAAUGGAAGAUGUAUGAAGCAUCAUUCCUGGAGCGACUGAAAGGUCUCACAAAGGAUUGGCAGACUUUGGCUCAUGAAGUCACUCUUUUGUUCAAUCAUGCCGUAGCAAAACUUCACCAUGAAACUGGUGCCUUGGCUCUCUUGAAAGAAGCAGGGCCUCAGCAGUUGGCUUCAGAUGGACGGCCUUUGCUUCAGCAAAGUAACGAAGAAUGGGAGGAGCAUUUUUUCCACAUCGGCUGGUGGGGUGCCAUGAAGCAUGGCUUAGCUUUGCUCCAAGCUGGAGGCAAUCUCUCCUUGGAUUCCACCUCCUCGGUGCAUGGCAUCAUCCCACGGAUGCGACAAAAUGUUCAGCACGGGCUGCAACAACUGAAGUCUGAAAUCCACGCCCGCGGCGUCUUGGACGAGGCCACCGCGGCGGAUGCCCUGCGGCACGUGGCCAAUGUGAUGCUGAACGACUUGGAGUCCCGGCUCCUGUCGGAUUGUCAUUCUGGUGUCACUUUGAAGAGAGCUCAGAUUCUGCAUGCUUUGCACAUGGCCCUUCGAUCUAUAUCCUUGGAAGCCCUUGAAGAUAUCGAAACCGAGAAGCAGAAAAAAGCCAUGGACGACUUGUUGGCACAAAAGGCUUUGGUUGAAGAACAUUUUCUUUUGAUUGUGCAGGCCAACAAGGGUGAUGUGGAAAGGGCCACGAAUUUCGCUACUUUGUAUCAUCGCUCUUUGAGCAGCUGGCUGGAUCACGAAGUGACGCAAUUAGCAGCAGACGUUCGCAGCCAAGUUCUACAGCAGAUGCCCGAUCCACAAAAAUCCGUCGAGAUGGCCUUCCAGAUGUCUUUUGGUUCCCGAAACUGGAGCGAUGUCUUGGAGUAUGUCUUGGAUACCAACGCCUAUUUGGAGAAACAGUUCCUGCAGAUUUUUCAUCAGCAGAAGAGGUCCUUUGUUGGGGCGGCCCGCUCCCGUGUGGAGAAACGAAUCUUCAGCGCAUAUCACCUCCUUCAAGAUGUGGUUGGCCAAUGGGCCAGAAAGGAGGUCUAUCCGACUGAGAAAGUUGAUAUCACCAAACCUCAGGGCGAAGGAAGCAGCACCAACCGCCGCUCCAUCAAAGAGUUGAAGGACUUUAUUUCAAUUCAUGCCGAGCAUGUCCCCACCAACGCGGACAUUGCUGAGGCGCAUCGACAACUGGCCGAACGUUUGCCGGCGACGGCAGAUUUCCACAUCGCAGACCCCAAACUCUUUGCGGAAACUCUGCAGGCCCGAAUAAGUGAUUUUGCCGAUUCGCGAGAGAUCCCGAAACGGCUUUCGGAACAGCUUCAGAAGGCACCCGCUUGUUGUGGAUCUGCUGUUCUUGUUUUGAGAAACGGACAGAUGUCAUGGUUUCAAUUUGAGUAA